AGCCGUGAUAAAUUUCUGGGCGAGAUCACGUUUCGAGUGCAACAAUUAUUUUUGCUUAUAUAAAGAAGUGUGCUUGCCAUUCAAUAUGUUAAUUCUGCCAACUGUGCCAAACCCAGACAUCAUAGCCAUGAACAAGUUCGCUACCCUGGCGGUUAUCUUCUGCGCCUGCAUCGUGGGCAGCUGUUAUGCCAGCAACUACGGUGCCCCCAAAAGCUACGGACCCCAGAAGAGCUACGCUGCUGAGGGCAACCAGCGGUAUGUGCGCCCCGUGGAGAUCAUUGCGGGUGGACCCGGCUAUAGCCCCGAGAUCCAGCGUCCCAUCCAGAUAAGCGGCGGAUAUGGCGGCAUCCAGCAUCAUGGCGGAUACAAACCCCACCCACGUUGGACCGUCCAGCCCGCCGGAGCCACGCUGCUCUAUCCCGGCCAGAACAACUACCGCGCCUACGUCUCGCCCCCGGAAUACAGCAAGGUGCUGCUGCCCAUCCGUCCCGCCGCUCCGGUGGCCAAGCUCUAUAUCCCCGAGCAGCAGUACAGUGGCAGCCAGUACGGUGGCAGCCAGUACGGUGGCAGCCAGUACGGUGGCAGCCAGUACGCUGGACAAAGCAGCAGCGGCUACUAGGCGCAUACUUGAUCUCAGCCUGAUGGUGUACACAAUGUACAUAAUAAACUAGAAAACAAAAAAUCAUAA